AAAAAUAUCCAGCUGAAGCCCUUUAAAAGCUCGGCUGGCGCCAGCGCCGAACAAUUCUCGGAGCCUCAGCCAGAAGCGCAGAACCGAGUCAGCAUGGCCGAACGCCGCGUUCCCUUCUCGCUCCUGCGGAGCUCGAGCUGGGACCCUUUCCGCGACUGGUACCCGAUUCACAACCGCCUCUUCGACCAGGCCUUCGGAAUGCCGCGGCUGCCUGAGGAAUGGUCGCAGCUGUUCCCCCACAGCGGCUGGCCGGGCUACGUGCGCCCGCUGACCGCCGGCGAGGGCUCCCGGGCAGUGGCUGCGCCCGUCUACGGCCACGCGCUCAACAGGCAACUCAGCAGCGGCAUCUCGGAGAUCCAGCACACGGCCGACCGCUGGCGCGUGUCCCUGGAUGUCAACCACUUCGCCCCCGAGGAGCUGACGGUCAAGACCAAGGAUGGUGUGGUGGAGAUCACCGGCAAGCACGAAGAGCGUCAGGAUGAGCACGGCUACAUCUCCCGGUGCUUCACUCGAAAAUACACGCUUCCUCCUGGUGUGGACCCCACCCUGGUGUCCUCCUCCCUGUCCCCUGAGGGCACGCUCACUGUGGAGGCCCCGAUGCCCAAGCCAGCCAACCAGUCAGCAGAGAUCACCAUCCCUGUCACCUUUGAGGCUCGUGCCCAGCUUGGGGGCCCAGAAGCUGGGAAGGCUGAGCAGCCUGGAGCCAAGUGAAGGCCUUAGGCCUGCAGUCACUGGCCAUCCCUCCCUGUUAGUCUAUAUGCUCUUUUGAUAUAUGUUCUGUUUUUUUUUUCUCAAAUAAAGUUCAAAGCAACUGCC